AAAUAUCAUACAUUAUAUUAGUAUUUACAAUCGUUUGAUUUGAUUGUCAUCUUCAUUUUCUUAUUCGUUUUAAUCACCAAAACAUAAAACAAAAUGCGUGAAAUCGUUCAUAUUCAAGCCGGCCAAUGUGGUAAUCAAAUUGGUUCGAAAUUCUGGGAAGUCAUCUCUGAUGAACAUGGUAUCGAUCCAAGUGGUUCAUAUCGUGGCGAUAGUGAUUUACAAUUGGAACGAAUUAAUGUUUAUUAUAAUGAAGCUUCGAAUGGUAAAUACGUGCCACGUGCCGUUCUUGUCGAUCUUGAACCCGGCACCAUGGAUUCGGUUCGUUCAGGUCCAUUUGGACAUCUUUUCCGACCUGAUAAUUUUGUUUUCGGCCAAAGUGGUGCCGGUAACAAUUGGGCAAAAGGACAUUACACUGAAGGUGCCGAACUUGUAGACGCUGUUCUUGAUGUUGUCCGCAAAGAAGCUGAAGGUUGCGAUUGUCUCCAAGGUUUUCAAAUGACUCAUUCAUUGGGCGGUGGUACCGGAUCCGGUAUGGGUACAUUGCUCAUUUCGAAAAUUCGUGAAGAAUAUCCAGAUCGUAUAAUGAACACAUUUUCGGUUGUACCAUCACCAAAAGUUUCUGAUACUGUUGUUGAACCUUAUAAUGCCACACUUUCUGUACAUCAAUUAGUCGAAAAUACUGAUGAAACAUUUUGUAUUGAUAACGAAGCAUUGUAUGACAUUUGUUUCCGAACAUUGAAAUUGACCACACCCACCUAUGGUGAUCUAAAUCAUUUGGUCUCUGUAACAAUGUCUGGUGUUACAACCUGUCUUCGAUUCCCUGGUCAAUUGAAUGCUGAUCUCCGAAAAUUGGCUGUCAAUAUGGUACCGUUCCCACGUUUACAUUUCUUUAUGCCUGGCUUUGCUCCAUUAACAUCACGAGGUUCACAAUUAUAUCGUGCAUUGACUGUACCUGAAUUGACUCAACAGAUGUUCGACUCUAAAAAUAUGAUGGCAGCUUGCGAUCCACGACAUGGUCGUUAUUUGACUGUCGCUGCCAUCUUCCGUGGCCGUAUGUCAAUGAAAGAAGUUGAUGAACAAAUGUUGAACGUACAGAACAAAAACAGUUCAUACUUUGUUGAAUGGAUUCCAAACAAUGUUAAAACUGCCGUUUGCGAUAUUCCACCACGAGGUUUGAAAAUGUCGGCCACAUUUAUUGGCAAUUCGACUGCCAUCCAAGAAUUAUUCCGUCGUAUCUCUGAACAAUUUACUGCUAUGUUCCGACGAAAAGCUUUCUUGCAUUGGUAUACUGGUGAAGGUAUGGAUGAAAUGGAAUUCACUGAAGCCGAAUCAAACAUGAAUGAUUUGGUCAGCGAAUAUCAGCAAUACCAAGAAGCUACAGCUGAAGAUGAAGGUGAAUUCGAAGAGGAAGAAGAUCCCCAACAAGAAGCUUAAAUUCACACUUGAACAUUUGAAAAGCGCUUGCUAAAACAAACAUACAAGAAAUUAAACAUACACCUCACACAAAAACCGGAACAGUUUUUUUAGUUUUAAUAUCUGCACUUUCAAUUUUAAUUGAUUUCAUUUUUUAAAAUAAACAAGCAGAAAUUUUUU